UCCCCCACUCCUGUUGGGAUAACAGCCGUUUCUUGUUAUCCCUUCCCCGUUUCUUUAAACUCUUCUUUUUACCGACGGUGGGGUGGCAGAGCGAAAGGACGACGAAAACGUGGGGUAAAGUUCGAAGAUUCCGGUUAAAGAAGAGAGAGAGAGGGAGAGAGAGGGACCAACCAAAUGGCCAUCCGGAGGCCUCCGAAAUUUCCAUUCCUCCUCUCCCCGCCGCCGUCCUCCCAAUCCCUCCUUCUCUCCCCUCUCUCGGUGAAGUCGAAUCCCCUGCCCUUCUUCUCGGCAGAUGAAAUACCGGCUCCUCCUCCGCAGGCUCAGGGAUUCACUCCUCCCCUGGCGUCGCCUCUCUCGUGCAGGUCCAAUACCAUUUGUAAAGAAAUACUCAUCCAAGGACAUUAAGAAAGCAACUGAUGGGUACAGCAUGAUUCUUGGAAAUGGCCCUCAUGGGACCAUAUAUAAAGCUCGAUUCCAUGAUGGUCUUGUUGCUUCAGUAAGGAAGAUACAAUCUAUGCAGCAAGGCAAGGACACCUUCUAUAGGAAAGUGCAACUCUUAGGAUGCUUGCACCAUCGCCAUCUUGUCAGACUUCAAGGAUUUUCUGAAGGAAAUGAUAGGUUUCUUGUCUUUGACCACAUGGAAAACGGAAGCUUAAAGGAGUAUCUACAUGAUCCACUUAAAACACCGUUGAAUUGGAGGACCAGGUUACAGAUUGCUAUUGAUGUGGCAGCUGCUCUGGAAUAUCUUCAUUAUUUCUGUGAACCUCCUGUUUAUGAUGUGUCCAUCAACUCAAAUAAUGUAUUGUUGGAUGAGAACUUCGUCGCCAAGUUGUCUGAUGUGGGUUUUCUGGACUCUGGCUUGAAUCACAUUGAUGGACCUAACUGUACAUUUUCAGAAGAACAUGUUGAUCAAAGAAACAAGGCUAUGUUGUUUCAGUUUGGUGUGCUGAUUCUUGAGCUCAUAACUGGUCAGUCGUUGGGUGGUGAUGAUGAACUAGUCCAAUGGGUCCAAGAAUCUGGUUUUGCAUAUUCAAUGCACAAGAUGGUGGAUGCUGAUCUUGGAGAUAGUUAUGAUUCCAAAGAGCUUAAAAGCCUUUUGGUUAUAGCUAGAUUGUGUACCAAGACUGGAGAUGGACAGUUGAUUUCUAUUCCCCAGAUACUCCGUUAUUUGCAAGGAAAGGGAUGAAAAACUUAUCAACAGAGAACCACAUACCAAUAUGACAAAGCUAAGUAAUAUUUCUGGCCUUUCUUGCAUCGAAGACAUCCAGUUAUGACUGCCCUGCAAGAGGAGCUACCUCAGCUAGAGGUGUUGGAAGAGGGGUCGGCAGUGGUGAGGCGCGGCACAUGGGGCAUGUUGGGUGCAACCGGAGCCAAGGGUUGAUGCAGUUGACGUGGAACAUGUGACCGCAGUCAGGCAGACCUCGUAGCAUGUCGGUGUCCUUAUAGUCUGCCAAGCAUAUGGAGCAGCAAGAGCCUGUUGAUCCCUUCUCAUGGAGUCUGGCCUGCGAGUAGAGCAGCUUUGGAUAGCUCAUCAGGAUGUCCUCAUCGAGUCCAGCCUCCACAUCGGUCAACCUCGUCUCACCAGCAGGCCGACCUGAUCGCCGGCGUAGUGACCGGGUGGUCGUGUUGCUUCGGUUGCACAAGUAGGAUGCAAGCAAGAUGGUGGUGACAAGCACAAGGAUGCCAAUGGAGAAGCCAAGGCCAUAGCCUAAUCUUCCGAUGCGGUCGGUGCUGAACACCCCGACGGAGCUUCCGUCGGGGCUCAAGGCGGAGCUGUUGGAGUGAUCCAGGUCUGGUCUGGGGUUGGGUUGGUCUUUUGCACUGCCUUGAGUGGUUCUUUUGGAUUGAAGAAAUGGUGUCUCCUCUAUUUUCAGAAGGUUGUUUCAAGUAUACUCGGUUUGAGGAUGUCAACGGUAACAUGGGUCAGGGAGGAAUAUUAUAAAGCAAUUUAAUC